AUGGCUGAGUUCUUGGGUUGCACAACCCAGGCCUCUGGGAAUCACAGCUCCACACUUAAACAGUCUAAUGAUGACUGUGAAGUCUUCCGUCAGCGCUUCAGGCACUUCCAAUACCAAAAGACGGCCGGGCCUCGUGAAGCUUUCAACAACCUCUGGGAGCUUUGCAGCAACUGGCUGAAGCCCAAGAUGCGUUCUAAGGACGAAAUCUUGGAGCAGCUCGUGCUUGAGCAAUUCCUAUGUGUUCUGCCCAUGGAGCUACAGACCUGGGGGAAACUCUACCGCUCAGAGAAUAGGGAAAGAAUUCUGUCCCUGAUAGAAGAGUUACAGAAAGAACUAGUGGUAGCGGAGCAGCAGCAGGUGAGAAAAGAAUGUGCGAUAUUUGCAAUCAGACAAAAAGAGGUAACAGAGGUAGCUGGGAUGUGUUCUCUAGCCCCACGUCUUUUCUUCUUUUUCACAUUUUUCUUCGGCCGGACUCAUAUGUGA